ACACAUCCUAAUGAUCUAGUAUCAUCAGGCUUCCUGGUUCCCCAAUCGUGGACUUCGUGGUGGGAAUGGGCUUCGUGCAUCGACCAAGGCAAUGGCUCACUGCGCCAUCCAAAGUGGCUUACUCUCGUUCGCUACUACAAUCGAACAGCGGCAAGCGAUCGCCCUCUAUCGCCAGACUUGCAUUCCUGCGAGGGAAACGAUACACUUAAAGAGGAAGUCCAAACUCAGUUCAAAAAUUUUACUUUUCCAGAGGGCCAGAUUCCUGACGAACUUGCUUCCCUAAUUGAUAGCAUUCGAUGCCUGCAAUUAAACCGCGAUCUGUCCCCCAUGUCGGUUUUACCGGAUACUGAAGUGACUCCUUCUGCCAAUCAUCCCUAUGGCAUGUCCCCCAAAAAGGACCACGAGGUUACCCGCAUGAGUACAUUCAUAUCUCAGCUUUUAAAUCGCAGGGGACUACACUCACUGCGACAUGCUGUCGACGUCGGAUCAGGUCAAGGUUAUCUCUCCCGUGCACUCCAGGACAUAGGCGUUCAUGUACUGGCUCUCGAUUCAAAUCAAACCCAAACAUCUGGAGCAGAACGCUGGAAAAACAAAGCGGCCACUAGAAAGCAAAGAAAAAAGCAGAAAGCCGAAGUUACCCGGGCCUCGAACGUCUAUGCGGCUGAAGAUUUGAAUUUGCAGAUCUCUUGCUUCGAGCCGUCACCGACUCCGUGGACCAGACUCCAGGGAACGAAUCAUAAUCUGUUGCCCAAAGAAGGCGUCAUCUCACACAAGACGGUUCAUAUCACUCCGCAGACACUCCAGGCGUCUAUCCAGGAUUGGCUUCUCUCCGAUGCGCCCGGAAUUGGCGCUAGGAACGUGAUUGGAGACAUUUCAGUCAAUGAAAGCGACCGCCCAGCGGAGGUCAUCAAGGCUAUCCCUGUUCUCUUGGUUGCCCUACACGCUUGUGGUUCAUUGACCCCAGACAUCUUGCGUACCUUCGUGUCAAAUCACCGUGGCGGAGCUAACAGCAACCCCUCCACUUGGAAAUCGCAGGCCCUGGUCGUUGUUGGAUGUUGUUACAACUUGAUGUCGCCCGCAGACUUCCCACUCUCGACAGGUCUUCGACGAUCCUUUUCUGGCCAAAAACUUUCUCUAGCCUCUCUUCAUCUCGCCGCUCAAGUUCCCUCACAAUGGGCGCGAACUGCCUCCUCGCUUGAUGCCGCCCGCCUUGCCAUACGAAAAGUUGUCUAUCGCGCCCUGUUACAACCGCUUCUUCAAACUUCCGUAGUUCGGAGAAAUGUACACAUGCCUGGUUCUAACCACGAACCAGAUAUUGCCAGCGACGAGGAGGCGCGGCGAGAUAAGCUAGCCGGAACGGGAGAAACAUUGGAAAACCGGCGUCUAGGCAAGCUGAAUAAUGCUGCAUACCGGGACUGGGGUACUUUUCUUACCCAAGCUGGCAUUAAAAUGGGCGUCAGUUUUGAGAACUGCCUGACGGAACUUCCUGAUGGUGAGAAAUUGGCCGAUGAUCGCUAUCGAAGGCAGAUGGAAAGCCGGUUAGAAGUCCUUCAUGUGCUGCGAUGUUUACUCGGCCCACUUGUGGAGAGCUUAAUCCUUUUGGAUCGAUACGACUGGCUGUGCGAAGAGCUUCGGCAUACCCACGCGACAACAGCGGGAAAUACAGGAUUUGAGUGCAACGAAGAGGAAAUGGACGUAGAACUGUUUAAUCUUUUUGAUCAAGCGACAGGGAGCGGACGGAAUGUUGCUAUAGUCAUAGCACCUCGAUGACGACAUCGAAUGUAAGAUACAC